AUUCAAUGAGAAAUGAUAAUGUAAUUUCUCCAAAAACAGAACCAAUUUUUAAUAACUAUGAUCUAUUUAAAGGUUAUAUGAAAUUCUAAAAUAGGACCAUUUUAAUAUACGCCUUUCACAGUAGGCCAUCCUGAUUAACCCGAUGAUGAUCAUUCAGUUCGAGAUCCUACUGUAAAAACAAUAGAAAAAUCUAGGAUGUCCUUAUCCCCCAUUCAUACUUAUCAAAAGGUGCUAUUUUCAAGGUAUUAAAGAUGUCUUAAGAUAAAUUGUCAUUUAACCCUAAAGCAAGUAGGUUCUAAUAAUUCUCAAAUUUUGAACCUAGCAAUUUGAUAGAUUUGCCUGCUCAGAAAAAACCUAUUAGAUUGAAACAAAAAUUCAUAGAUGUAUUAAGAAAUAAAAUAAAAAUGAAUGAGAAAAUUAGUAAAUUCCUACAUUUAAUUGAUUUGGAUUUAUUGGAUUUGCAAAAAUAAUGUAAAAUACUUUAAAAAUUAAAGAUGUUCUACUUCCAAAUUCGGUUAUUCUGAAAAUUUGGAACAUAUUUUAUUAUCUCUUACUUUUUUAUUAUUUCAUUAUUAUUCCUCUAAGCGACAAAAAUCAUUAAAUUCUAUUUUUAGUAUUGAAAAUUAUAGAUUGUUUUUUAAAAGCCUGUAGCGCUUUACCUAACAAUGGAGAAAUUGAGAGAAACAUGGUUGUAAUCUUGAAAAAUUACUACAAAACAUUGUUCAUUUUUGAUAUUGUAAGUAAUUUAAUAUUAUUUAGAUAUUUGUGAUCAGCUUGAUAUUAAUUAUUAUAGAAUAUUAAAUUUAGUGGAUCAUUAUUUUAAUAAAUAUUGCUAGCAUAUAACCUAGAUUAAUAGAUUUACAGAAAAAUAUAUAAUAGUAAAUAUUUUUAUUUCUGUUUAAGCGAAUUUAAUAUUUUUAAUGUUUAUCAAUAAUUAGUAUUGUUAAUUGUAAAACAAAUUUUAUUAAUUCAUAUUCUUACAUGUUUUUGGAUUUAUAAUCUAGAAAAUGAAGAAGAUUUUGAAGGAAAUUUUAUUUCAAUAUAUUUGAAAAAAAUUUAACUAAUUGUAAGCUUAAUAACAUUCAAUUCUAAUUUCACUUAUUUUGAUAAUAAUAAUAAAAUUGUGGCUUAUUGUUGUAUCUCAAUUCUAUCAUUUUAUUGGUUUGCUUAUUAGUUAUCUAUUCUGAUUCAAAUUUUUAAACCAGAUUAAUAAGCGUCUAAAUUAAGCUAUUUUUUGAGUUAAAAUAACUUGGAUUCUAAUUUAAAACAAAAGAUUAUAAGCUAUGUAGUUAAUUAACCAAAAUUUUGUCAUAAAGAAUUUACACACAAACUAUCAAAUAAAUUGCUUAAAGAAUACAAUAUAGUUUAGAGAUAAAAGUUAUUUAAAAAAUAAUUCAAGUAUAUAAAUAAUGAAACAAUAAACUAAAUUAUUGAUAAUUGCAUAGAGAUUUUGUGUUAACCUAACCAAUAUAUAUUUUAGGAAGGAAAAAAAGAUGACUGUUCAUUAUAUAUUAUUUUAGAAGGUUCUGUAAAUUUGAAAUCGAGAACUAAUAUUAUAUUAUUAACAUUAUCUUAAUUCUCUGUUUUUGGUGAACUAUCUUUUUACACAGAAGGUCUAAGAGAUUUAACAGCAACAUCAAAUGGGAUUACAAGAUUAAUAAAGAUUUAGAGAUCUACUUUUUUAAAUCUAUUAAGUUUCAAUGAGAAAGUAGUAUUAGAGUAUUAAAACUUAGCAAUAUUUUUUUUAACAACGAGAUUUGAUGCUUUUGAAUGAAAAAUAGCCAUCAGAAUGUAAUUGUUGUAAUUCUUAAAAACAUUCACUCACUAGUUGUCCCUAUCUAACAUAUAAACCUGAUUUAAGUUUCAUAAUAAAAAAAUUUGUUUUUCCUCAUAGAUAGUAUAGAAGAGAAUGUAAAAUAUAUCAAAAUACAUAUAUAAGAUAAAAGGAAAAUAAAUAAAGAUAUUAGAGCUUUCAGUUUUUAUAAAAAAGCUAAUGAUUAUGAAAUAGCAUUUUAGAAUUUAAUUGGAGAGUAAUUACAAAAUUCUUAACAAAGCUAAACACAAAUUCAAAUAGAGGAGAAUCAUAUACGAGAUUCUUGUGCUAGCUGUUUUAGUAAAAUAAGCAAAGAAAGAUCUUUUAUGAAAUCUACAUCCUUUUUAAAAUAAUAAUCUGGGUUUGAUUAGUAAUCAGUAAGUAAUAAUGAUAAUUACAUGUAAUUGAUAAUUAUUUAUAAUAGAUUAAAUAUGGACUAAAAUAAUGAAUUUUAAUUUAUUUAAGAUAAUAGUCAAUAAUAUCACAAUUAAGAUAUUUCUUCAUAAGCUAGAACAGAUCAACAAAAAAGAACUUUUAAUACAGCUGGUUUCGGAUCUUAAAGUGGAUUAACUUCAAAUAAAGACACAUAUAAAGAUUUGACUUAAAGGUCACUCAAUAUGAUAAUUGAAAAAGAAGAUUCAGAUUCAAAUUAAGAUAAAGAAUCAAGUUAGAAAUAAUUUUAGACUGAGAUGAGCAUGAAAAAUUCAAUGGAUGAUAAAUUCAGAAGAAAAAACAAUGAUCCAAAAUUAACUUUUAAUAAUAACUUUGAAUCACUAAUGUGUGAUUAAAAUCAAACAAAUUUUUAACGUUAAGGUUCUGGUACAUAUAGAUAAUAAAGUUCAAGAAACAGCACAUACCUUCAUCCUGAAGCUAUUAGUUAAAGAUUAAACUCUUCAAGAUCUUUAACUAAUAGUUAAUACAAACAACCAAGUGUCUAUUAAUAAUAAUAUAUAAAAAAAUCUAGUUUUUAGAUCCCUUAAAAAUUAGUGUAACAAUCUCGUCUAUUAGAUAAUAAAAUUUAGGAUGAAAAUAAAAAUUAAAACUUAAUUUUUCCUUACAGAAAAUCUAUGACAAGAAUAGGAUCAAAAUAUUCUAAUCUAGCUUCUAGUUUUUUACCAUUUAGUGCUUAAGAAGUAGGUUUUAUUUUAUAAUACAAAUAGAUUCCUGUCUAUGCAAACAAAGCUUUUGGUUUUGAUGAUUUUGAUACUCUAUAUACUUUUGAAAAUUAUUUAACUCAUAAUAAUUAUGAAAUAACAAUUUACUAGUAAAAUUUAAUUUUAAAUUUAAGGGCUAAUAAAAAAAAAAAUGCUUAAAAAAUAUUGAUAUCUAAAUAUUUAACAGAUUAUAAUUUAGUGAAGUUGAUCUAAAAUUACAAUAAGGAAGGGGAAUCAUAUGAAAAAUCUUCCUUUUUUAAAUGA